CCGCAAUGAAGGUUCCGAUGUCGCCUGGGUUCCGUUUCUCCUGCUGUUUGGGCGCACGCACUGGUUACGCUAGUGUUAUGAAGAUUUCCAGAUUUAUAACUUGUGGGUUAUGUCUCUGCUUAUACGGAACUUGCAGUGUGUGAUUCCGCUUCGUCGAGCACCUUUACGCAAGAAUUUAGAGGUUGCCAGAAAAUGUCUCAAGGUGGAGAGGUUUGACGUUGGGGUCAUAUGUACAAGUGAUACAAAGAUCCGUCGGUUAAACAGACUCUACAGGCGACAGGACAAAGCCACAGACGUAUUGUCCUUUCCAUUUCAUGAGAAUUUGCGCCCUGGAUUAUUACCUGAUCCACCAUUCCCAGAUGAACACAAUUUAGGAGACAUUUGCCUCGGGGUUGAGUUUAUUUAUCAGCAGUGCCAAGAAACAAAGGAGGAUUUUAACAAUGUCUUGACCGUGACUGCAGUACAUGGCCUAUGUCAUCUGCUUGGUUAUACACAUCAAGAUCCAGAAGACUGGAGAAAGAUGUUUGAGAAAGAAAGUGAAGUUCUAACGGAGAUAAACAGAGCUACCGGAUCUGCACUACAGCCACUGUCUUCAGAUCAUUUUGACCAACCAUAAUACAGUCUUGUACCCCAAAAGCUUCUGUUAUGUUUCCUCACUUCUGAAUUCAUGAAUGCACUUGUAUACUGGAAGAAAUGUAAACUUGGGCCCCUUGCAGACGAGCGUGUGUCGCGCUGCGAGUCCUCAGCCAGCGCAGCUCCCAGCCUGACCUCCCAGCACUGACGGGGGUCACAUAGCAUUAUAUUGAUUUAUGAUG